GAAGAAGCCCACGCACACAACUGUGAACUGCUGGUUCUGCAACCAGGACACUGUGGUGCCGUAUGGGAACCGCAACUGUUGGGAUUGCCCCAACUGCGAGCAAUACAAUGGCUUCCAAGAGAACGGCGAUUACAACAAGCCGAUCCCGGCUCAGUAUAUGGAGCACCUGAACCAUGUCAUCUCCGGGGACAGCUCUUACUACGACUCCACCAAGCCCCAGCAGUGGGUGAGCAGCCAGGUCUUGCUCUGCCGGAAAUGCAACAACUACCAGACCCUGAAGAUCAAGCAGCUGGCGUCCUUCAUGCCCAGGGAAGAGGGGAAAUACGACGAGGAGAUCGAGGUGUUCAAGCACCACCUGGAGCAAACCUACAAGCUCUGCCGGCCCUGCCAGGCGGCUGUGGAGUACUACAUCAAGUACCAGAACCGGCAGCUGCGGGCCCUGCUUCUCCGCCACCACUUCAGCCAGCGGAAGACGGACCAGUCCUACAUGCAGAGUUUCUACGCCGCCGCCUCCAUGACCAUGCCGGUCCACGUGCUGGCGCUUCGCUUCCUGGCCUUCCUCAGCUGUGCCAUCCUCAUCGCCAUGGCCCUGUACGGAUCGGGCAACCCCUUCUCCCCGGAGCCCGCCAGCCCUCCUCCAACGCCGUUGGCAAGGAACGGGACUGAACCAGCGGCCCCCGGCAAUGCCACUCUGCUGGAACUCCUGGGCUGGCGAGAGGUGACCCGCCUGUUGCCGGAGCAGCUGCUUGGGGGGCUGAGCACCGCCUGGAGCUACGGGAAGAACCACCAGGUGGCAGUGGUGGCCCUGGGGCUGCUGAUGUGCCUCUCGGCUAUGCUGUUCGCUGGACGCAUCAGGUUGCGGCGCAUCGAUGCCUUCGCCUCCGUCCUGUGGCUGCUGGUGAUGGGCUUCCAUCUGGUGGAGAAGUACCUGCAGGCGGACACCCCCAGCUGGCUGGACACGGCGAAGUUCAGCACGACCUCCCUGUGCUGCCUCGUGGGAUUCGCGGCAGCCGUGGCCACCCAGAAGUCAACGGGCCAGCGGAGACCCCGAUCCCGAAGGUACCUCCCCGGAGACCCGGUUGCAGCAUUCCCCAACAGCGCUGGGACGGGCUUCCCGUAUCCUUCCGCCGCUCCAUCUGUUUUCAUCCCAACGCCUCCCAGCGUUCUGCCGUUCACAAACCAGCAGUUCUUCCAUUCCCCACGGCGAACUUCCUCCUCUUCUCUUCCCGGACGGCUAAACCGGGCCCUCUCACUGGGCACAAUUCCUUCCCUGGCCAGAACUGAUUCUGGUUAUCUGUUCAGCGGAAGCCGCCCCCCGUCACAGACCUCCCUUUCGAAGGAGUCGCCCGUGUCAGAAUAUUUCUCCCUCCUGUCCGGAAGCUGCGUCCCCUCCCCUGUUCCCUCGCCAGCGCCCUCUGUGGCCGGCUCGGUGACAUCCAGCUCCGGUUCCCUGCGCUACCGCCGGCCCCUCAUCAGCCCGGCGCGGCUCAACCUGAAAGGCCAGCGGCUCAUGCUCUUCCCGUCUCAGGGCCAGGGCCACCACGGGGAAGACCACGUCCACUCGGAGACCAGCGUCUUUGCCCCGGAUGUGCCCGCCUUCCCGAAGAGGAGCCUGGGCGACCGUGGAAUGCACGAUGUGAGGGCGGUCGUGGAAGCCGGAAGCGUCUGUAGCGGCCUCUCCGUCAAGAAGCGAGACCCCUCCUCCCACUCCUCCAGCUGUGUGGUGGACACGACGACGAAGGGGGAGGAGCUGACGAGCUGGAGAGGUCGCUUUGGGAACUCGGCGGUCCGAGGCCUGCUCGCAGUCAGCCUGACCGUCAACGCCAUCUUCACGUCGGCCUACCUCUACCAAAGUUUCCGCUGAGCCCCGGGGAGAACUUCCUUCCUCGCCCCUGACAUGGUGCUGCUCCCCGCGGGGAGAUCCCGGCGCGAGAAGGAGUCGAGAGCCACCCGCGUCUCCACACCGCCGCUCUGCAACCUCUCCUGCUCGCCUGCCACGAAGGAAGCUGACGCCUCGUUUUUGCCUCGUUGGCAGCCAAGCAGCAGCCAGAGGCACAUGCAGCGAGCAAUGAACGCAACCCUGGUUACCACGCACCUUCUUUUGUACAGAACUGGUUUGGGGAGACAGACUCACGGAAGCUGUUGGUGGGGGAUGUCCAAGCGGGUCCUUGGUUGGGUUCCACUUCUCUGAGCGGAUGGCCGCUGUUUCCCAUAGUUCUCUCUUUUUUUAGCAGCAAUGUUAUUGGCUCACAGGAGAGAGUCCUCCGGUGUUUCUCCAGGGCAGCUGCGUUGGCCGGAGACACCCCCUGGCUUUCUCCCAAUUUUCUCCCCCCCGCCCCAGGUGUCUUCCGGCUUGC